GGCUUUUUUUUUCUUUUUUCUCAGCCCUGGGUGCCGUGACUACACAGCCAUGUUAAAGUGCUGCUGCGGCAGUGGUUUAGCAUUGCUAGUGAAGACACAUCCUUAAAUACUGUUACCUUUCUUAGUAGAAUCCUGCCCACUUUCCUCCCCACUUGGUUAUGGAGCUUUGAUUCUGACUUUUUUUGAGGUCAUGUUUACAAUUUUUCUUCUUACAGCAAACAGAUUUUGUACUACCUGGCUUAGUGAGACGCUUAGGGUAUGUCUCACUGGCAAGUUUCUGCACAACAAGUUAGCCCAUUUUUAUUAAAGGGCUGGUAUGAAACUGCUGUUGUGUGUCCACCCUGUGCUCCUUGUGAUGGUGGAGCGCAUCCACAUUAGCAGCUCUUGCAACUGCAAAGAGAGCAGUGCAUUGUGGUAGCUAUUCCACUGUGCAACUGUCCCAUGGGGUGCUUUGGGAAGGGUUUGCAAUGCCUCAUGGGGCAGGCACAGCGUCACAUGAUGCAGGUUUCCAGAUCCCAUUGUUCCAUGGACAUCUUCUGCAUUGCCAGUUGCUUUUCAACUGAAGGGGGGGUGGGGGUGGGCAGAGUGUUUGAUAGGGAGGGUGUGUGUGUACAGAGGUGGGGGAGAGUGUGUCAGCAGACAGCGUCAGGAAGCAACCAGUCUUGAGGCAGGGAGAAACCCCCGAUAUCAGCCUCCGCCUCCCUCCCCAGCUCAGGAGGGGCGCAGGUCUCCAGCGGAGUUCAAAACAAUGAACAGAGCGGCCACAACGCUUCCGGAGGCCAAUCGAUUGCUUUGUGCGCUGUAAUGUGUUUACAUUGCUAAUACAGCGCUGGAGCCUCUGAGCUUUAAGGCUUACAAUUCUCGUCAAGGCCAAGUUGACCAAGAAGUCCCUUCACAACCACAUUCUAACCUACUGGAAACUCAUAUAAAACAGGAAGGUGCAGGGACUGUCAGUCGGUAGAGAUGAUUUCCUUCAAGCAAUUGCCGCUUGAAGCAAAGGCUGCAGGGGCUGCUGGAGUUGUCUUCUUCUCCAUGAUGAUAUCCCGGACCUUCCUGGCAGAGCAACUUGAGUUUGGCACACAGAGGUGGCUGCGGAGAUUACAGAUGGCAUUGUUUGUUAAUGCGCUGAUGCUCAUAGGUUCUCUUUACAUCUGGAGAUGUAUAGUGACCACAUUCUACAGGCUUUCAGCUGCUAACUCCUAUUGUUUCAUGCCAUGGAAAAUAGCUGUGCUAAUGUUUCUAGGUUUGGCACACUCUAGCUUUUUUACAUUGCUGUUUCUUGUUGCAGAAGAGCCCUAUUUCUUUUCCUUAGCUUCUUACACAUGUCUAGGAGCCUAUAUAAUCCUUAUUUUCUUUCUCUUCACUCUGGGCUCUGUAGAGCAAGUUUAUAAACUCUUGGUCAGCAGAGGUGCUAAGACAAGUGGUAUCAAUAAGAGUAGUAAAGCUGUCAUGAAACCUGUUUUGGCUGUUAUGGUGACAGUUGCACUGACUGCUGUUGGGUUGUUGAAUGCUUCCCAGCCUCCUGCUGUGACCUCAGUGGUGAUUCCUCUUCACAAACUGCCUUCGUCCAUGGACGGCCUGAAGGUGGUGUUGCUAUCAGAUAUUCAUCUGGGACCCACUGUAGGGAAGACUAAACUUGCAAUGGUUGUGCAGAUGGUCAAAGCUUUAAAACCCGAUAUCACUGUGAUUGUAGGUGAUCUGUCAGAUUCUGAAGUGAUGGCCAUCCGACCUGCUGUCGAACCUCUUAGUGAGCUUAAUUCCCCAUUGGGAAAUUUUUUUGUCACUGGAAACCAUGAGUAUUAUACUUCUGAUGUCAACAGCUGGUUUGAAUUACUGAAGUCAUUUAACAUUCAUCCACUCCACAAUGAGAAUGUGAAGAUCUCUUCUCCAAGGAGCAGCAAUGAUUGGUUCUGUCUGGCUGGGGUUGAUGAUAUUGAGGCUCAGGUGUUGCACUAUUCUGGGCAUGGCAUGGAUUUAAAAAAAGCCCUAGUUGACUGCAGUACUGAUCAUGCAAUAGUACUUCUGGCUCAUCAACCACUGGCUGCAAAAUGGGCUCUCCAAGAUCGGCCAGACAUAAAUUUGAUCCUUUCUGGCCACACUCAUGGUGGGCAAAUAUUCCCUCUGAAUGCUGGUGCCUAUUUGCUGAAUCCCUUCUUUGUUGGCUUGUAUAAAGUUGGACAGAGCACUUUCGUAUAUGUCAGCCCGGGGACUAUGUAUUAUGGAAUUCCAAUGAGGCUGGGCAGCAGAGCUGAAAUAACGGAGAUCAUCCUGCGCUCUCCCUGAAUGGUCUGCCAACUUACAAAUUCUGUCUCCUCUAUCAGCCAGUAGAACUGACGGUUUGAGUCACAAGUCCCCAAGCCAAGUCCGUCCCUGAUGUAACUCCGGGGAAGUCACUGAAGUUAGAAGUGAUGGACUUGGUUCUGUAAGUCUGAUUCUGCUCUUUGUGCAGAAAGCACUACUUCUUCUGCCACAUAGUAAGCUUAUCAAACACCUAUCGCAGAUGAGUGGAAGUGAUUGAACUCAUCUGAUUGAUUUAUUAUUUGUGCUAUUGAUAUGUUGCAUUUUAAAGAUAUCACCAUGAGAUCAGUGUUUGGUUUUAAGUGUGCUUACUGUGUAUGUUUAAUAUCUGUAAUCAGUCAUUAAUUCACAGUCCAUUUUUCACUUGUUUGUUGGCAUCUGAUGGAGUGCCACCUAACUCAUGAUGAUGUAAAGUUCACCUACUGAGAAGUGUGGUGAAACAGUGGAUGCAAAUUUUGUAGAGUACUCUAGAAAGUCUUCAUUGAGGUCUAUCGAGUCCUCCUCCUAUGGGAAAUGAAUGGGGUAUUUGCAGGUGAUAGCAAGGAUUCUGUUUACAUUUUUUAUGGGGGGGCCUGUAUCUCAUUUGGGGCCUGUAGGUGCUUCUGCAAAAUGACCAGUAAAGUAAGGUGCCCAUGCUAGGGUUGCCAAUUUUGGUUGGACGUAUUCCUGGAGGCUUCAUCACAUGACAUAAUCUUUAAUUAAAGAUUCAUUUUUAAUUCCUGGAGACUCCAGGACAAUCCUGGAGGGUUGGCAACCUUAGGCCCUAUGCAUCUGCUCCUUUAAAAUCUACAUAAAAACCUAAAUCAUAAGAAUUGGAGAGACUUUUAUAGUGGGGAAGGGUGGAAAUAGCUUCCUUGUUUUGCCUAAAUGUAACCAGUCAUCCAGUGAGUAUCUAAUAAAGGUAUUAUAAAGGGACAUUGUUAACUUAAAACUCCCACUUCGGUGUGAGUGUUCAGUACUUUACUGUUGGUAUGAGCAACACUUACACUAUGUUUACGCUAGCCCUUUUGUCGGUAAAACUUUUGUCAGCCAGGGGUGUAGAAAAAAAUACCCCCAACCAACAUAAGUUUCACUGACAGAAGCGCCGGUGUGGACAGCUCUAUGUCGGUGGGAGAUGCUCUUCUGCUGACGUAGCUACCGCUGCUUGUUAGGGGUGGUUUAAUUAAGAUGAUGGGAGAGCUCUCUCCCGUCGACAUAGAGCGGCUACAUGGGAGACCUUACAGUGGCACAGCUUACAGUGCACAGCUGUACUGCUGCAGGUCUCUAGUGUAGAGUUAGCCUUAAAAUCUACAAUUGAAAGAAUUGGAGUGGGAAAACAUUUUUUCUCAGUUGUAUUAUUUGGGUAGGUUUAGUUAGCUUCUUUCCAUUGUAUAUAGUUAGUUUCUCCUUUUUUGUUUU